CCCCCUCCUCUGCUCCCCUGCCUGCAAAGCUGCAACCGUCCAAAGCACGUGCCCCGCACCUGACUCCCCCCUCCCCCCACUUCCGUUUCCUCCGCCCCACGCCACCGCCGCCGACAAGCUCGACCCACCCGCGGGCGGCCGCCGGAGAUGGCGACGGAGGGGCUGGUGCCCAUCACGCGGGCAUACCUCGCGCGCUACUACGACAAGUACCCGCUGCCCCCGCUCCCCGACGCCGCCACGGCCCUCGCCGACCGCCUCCGCGCCAUCUCCGCGGCCCUCGCCCUCGCCGCCGCCGCCCCCAUCACGCCAGAUGAGGAGCUCUUGGAAAAAGAAGCUAAUGGGAUACCUGCUCACAAAAUUGAUGAAAACUUGUGGAAAAAUAGAGAACAAAUGGAAGAAAUUUUGCUCUUGCUUAACAAAUCUCGUCGUCCUGUUGCACUUCAACAGAGGUCCACGGCAGAGGACACUGAGACAUUUAUUAUACUUGAUGAUGUUGAAACUAAAUUGAAGGACAUGCUGAAGAAGUUAGAACAGUUUCAAAUAAAAAAUGCUGAUAAUGUUUUCAAUACAGUUAUGACCUACAUGCCACAAGAUUUCCGUGGUACACUAAUCAGGCAACAGCGAGAACGCUCUGAGAGAAAUAAGCAAGCUGAGGUAGAUGCUUUAGUUAAUGCUGGUGGAAGCAUUCGUGAUCGAUAUGCAUUGCUGUGGAAACAGCAAAUGGACAGGCGAGUGCAAUUGGCACAACUUGGUUCUGCAACAGGUGUAUAUAAGACGCUUGUUAGGUACUUGGUCGGUGUCCCUCAGGUUCUGUUGGACUUCAUUCGGCAAAUUAACGAUGAUAAUGGACCUAUGGAAGAGCAAAGAGAACGUUAUGGGCCAGCACUUUACACUCUUACGAAACUGGUGCUUGCAAUUCGAUUGUAUCUACACGUGUCAUUAGCACGAUAUGGGCAGAGGAAAAUAGAAAAGGAUGACAUUGCUGUGUUGCAGCAGGCUGUGGCUAUCUACACCGAGGAAUUUGAGAAGUUCACUGAAUUCAUAGGCGAAGUUUUUGUGAAUGCCCCAUUCUUCAUAUCUGCUGAGGAUGCAGGUGCUGAAUCAAGGAACAGCGACGACUACAAAGAAACCAUUAUUCCAGCAGGAAAGACACAUGAGGUUAUUCUUAGUGUUGAGGCUGUCAACUCAUACAUUGCAUGGGACUUCUCCUUGCAACAAGGGGCCCUCAACAUGGUCUUGGAUAUUGGUUUUCAUGUGGAGUACAUAAGCCCAUCAGGCCAGAAAACUUUAAUACUUCCCUACCGACGAUAUGAAGCUGACCAAGGUAACUUCUGCACUGUCUCUGCCGGAUCAUACAAGCUUGUUUGGGACAACUCAUAUUCGUCAUUCUUCAAAAAGAGCCUCCGGUACAAGGUGGACGCCGUGCCGCCGGUUGUCGCGCCGGCAGAGCCCGCCGCGGAACCCUGAUGGAGCCUGCUUCUCUACGAAGCGACGAGGGCCAUUCCCUGCGACGGAAUAGCCGCGCAGAUAUACCACAGGCCCUCUUCACACAGAUGUUGUAACACAAUUCUUUUUAGCAAGCCGCAUGCGACAGCGGCGCUGUAAUCCUCAGGGUUCAGACGAUACAACACACACAACAGCUGCUCACUGGCGUCCAUGUGAGCUGUAAGAUAUAUAUAUAUAUAUAUAUAUAUAUAUAUGUACCUUUGUGUGCUCGUGUUUACGGAAACUCGCUAAUGAUAUGAAACUGACUGCUUCCAUUCAAAUUGACAGUGAUAGAUUU